AUGUCUCUUACCGGCAAGGUCGCUCUUAUCACCGGGGGAGUUAAGAACCUCGGUGCAGAUAUCGCCAGGGCUCUUGCCCCUCUUGGCGCCAGUUUGGCUCUUCACUACAACUCGGACAGGUCGAAGCAAGAUGCUGAAAGCCUCGAGAAGGAGUUCAAGGAUAAAUUUCCCGGUACCAAGGUCAAAUCCUACCAGGGCAAUCUAACUACUGAAGCAGCCGUCGAAAAGCUCUUCACCGAUGUUAAAUCGGACUUCGGAAAGAUCGAUAUAGUGAUUAAUACUGUGGGAAAGGUGCUCAAGAAGGACAUCACCAGCAUCACCGAGGCCGAGUAUGAUGAGAUGUUUGCGGUCAACUCCAAAUGCGCAUUUUUCGUCCUAAAGUCGAGCGCAAAGCAUGUUGAGGAUGGAGGCAGGGUUGUCACUAUUGUCACAGCCCUUCUUGCUGCCUUCACGGGAUACUACAGCUCCUAUGCUGGAUCGAAAGCUCCUGUCGAACACUUCACUCGUGCUGUUUCCAAGGAACUCCAACCAAGACUUAUCAGUGUCAAUGCAGUUGCUCCUGGACCUAUGGAUACUCCUUUCUUCUACCCACAAGAGUCUCCUGAGGCUGUUGCCUACCAUAAGAGCCAGGGUCUGGGUGGUCGUCUGACUGGCACCCAGGAUAUCGCUCCUCUAGUCAAAUUCCUUGUCACUGAGGGCGGGUGGAUUACUGGCCAGACAAUCUUUGCCAAUGGAGGAUACACUACUCGAUGA